UCCAGACCACAGAAGCUACCUUGCACACAGACACAGUCAACUGUCAAGACCUGGAGCCUGUUCAAUGGAUUUGAAAUCAAGUUUUGACCAUGAUAAGAUUACAGUCUCACCGCAGUGACUUCCCAUCAACGACAAUCCCAUUCUGCUGAAUGUGAACAAGCGAGACGCGCGCACGACGCGUGAUCCCCAGAUCCCAUCGAGCAUCUCCAUUCAUCAUGAAUAGACUGGACAAUCUGGGCCUUACCAGUCAGGAUCCCCAUCGAGUCAUCUCCUUCCCGGCCUCGCAGUCCCUGCACGCGUCCACCGAGUCUGCUGCCUUAGGCAACAAGACUGUAUCAACGGGACUCCCCCGGCUCGACGAGGCCGUCACUUCCCCGCUUGAAGACGACCUGCAAGGCCUCGAAGAUUUCCAGACAAAAGGUCUACCGUGCGGUCAUGUCACGGAGAUCUUUGGGCCGCCAAGCGCCGGCAAAACCGCCAUAGCCCUAAACGCCGCAGCAGCAGCCCUAGCAAAGGGCGAGAAAGUCGUCUGGAUAGACACGGGCCCACCCCUCCCCCGCCGCCGCCUCAACCGCCUCCUCGCUGCGCACCAGCAGCAGCAGCAGCAACAACCAACCACCAACCCAACUCAAAACCUCACGCACAUCCACACUCCCACCCUUCCACACCUCCUCUCCCUCCUCCAUCACCCACCCCCAACCUUCCCCCCGCCCACCACCACCCUCCUAAUCAUCGAUUCCAUCUCCGCCCCGUUCCCGCCCUACUUCCCCAACCCAAGCGACCAACGCGCCGCCCUGGCCGCCCAGCAGCAGCAACAGCAGCAGCCAGACAAAGCGCACAUCCAAUGGCUCCUCAACCGCAAGUGGAACGUGCUGGGCGACGUGGCGACGCAACUAGCCAAGCUGGCUGCUUCGCAGGCCGGGGCCAUGGCCGUGCUGGUGACCAACCAGAUGCACACGCGGAUCCGCGGGCAGGUGCGCGCGACGCUGUGUCCGGUGGUGGCGGGGUCGGCGGCGUGGGAGAGCUGUGUGUUUACGCGGAUGGUGGUGUAUCAGGAUUUCGUGCUGUCGGCCGCAGCGGAUGGUUCGAUGGGGGAAAAAGGAAGGGUGGUGGAGGUGAUGAAGAGGGGCGGGAGGGUCGUUAGGGGAAGGGUCGUCGGGGAUAAUGUUUUGGGGGUGGGGGUUCGUGAGGAUGGGUUGUAUGUUUUGGAUAGUCCUCCGCCUGCGAUUGAGGGGGAGGUGGAGGAGAAGGUUGAAGAACAACAAGCAGAGCUUCUCGUGGAAGGAGACUCUACCGCAGAGAACUCGGCCAGUCAACGCAAGCGCAAAGCCGAAGAAAUCGCAGAUAGCCAGGAUGAGGACGACUCGGAAGGGGACUUCGGAUGGAUGGAGGAGGCGGGUGCUGAGAUGGAUGCAGUCUCCUCGGAUGAGAAUUGAGCCAGAUAUCUUUGGAACCAGCCAAAUUGAUUGUUCACUAAGAACCAACCCCGACGUAAUGAUAUCGCAUGUGAGUUCGUCGGCAGGUCACGAUCCCAGAGCAUAGAUGAUAGAUACACACAUUACACACCAUGCAAAGACAGACCCAACAUAAGUCAUCAGAAGUCAUUAGC